CUGAAAAUUAAGAAAGAAAGUAUGGGAAGAGCUCCUUGCUGUGAUAAAUUAUUAAUGGGAUCAGUGAAGAAAGGGCCAUGGACCCCUGAGGAAGACAUCAUCUUGGUUUCUUAUAUCCAACUACAUGGUCCAAGAAACUGGAGGGAUGUUCCUUCCAAUUCUGGGUUAAUUAGAUGUAGCAAGAGUUGUAGACUUAGAUGGAAUAAUUAUCUUCGUCCUGGGAUCAAAAGGGGAAAUUUCACUCAUCAAGAAGAUAAAUUCAUCAUUCAACUUCAAGCACUUCUUGGUAAUAGGUGGGCAGCAAUAGCUUCUUAUCUCCCACAAAGAACCGACAAUGAUGUCAAGAAUUACUGGAAUACCCAUCUAAAGAAAAAACUCGGACACAUCCUUCAAGAGAAUGAUAAUGUAAACAAUCAAAACCAAGAAACCUCAAUACUCUCACUCUCACCAAGAUCUAAUCAUUAUCCAAACAUGUCCAAUAAGGGUAGAUGGGAAAGAAGACUUCAAACCGAUAUUCACAAAGCCAAACAAGCCCUAAGUGAAGCUUUAUCACUUCAUAAUCAACCAUCAUCCUCUACACAAGAACCAAUCAUAUUACUCUCAUCACCUCCGCCGUCGUCGUCGCCGUCGCCGCCGUUGGCCAGUUCAUACUUAACUAGUGCCGAAAACAUAGCAAAACUCCUCCCAAAUUGGAUGAAAAAGAAAAACAAGAACGACCCACCAUCUUUAUCACAAACAAGCUCCGAUGCAACUGCUCAUAGCUCCGUUAAUAGCCAUGGAAAAUGGUCAAACCCAUCGGAGCAAGAAGCUGGGUUUGGAUCUAAUCAUAAGUAUUCGUAUUCAUAUUCAUAUUCUAGGUUUAAUUCGUCUUCGAGUUGUGAUGGGGAUGAUCGUGAUCAUGAUCAUGAUCAGACGGCUGCGAAUUAUGAUGGAGAACGCAGUCAUCAACAAGUGUCUUUACUUCCAACGGAGAAAUGGUUUCUUGAUCAUCAUCAUGAUGGUGGAACGGACGGACAUGAUCUUCUAAUGGGGGAGAUGUCUUUUGGGGAGACUAAUCAUGGUUUGUUUGAAUCUUUUAAGUAGAGACACAAGUGUUUGAACUAAUUAAUAAUGCCUUUGAUUUUUAAUAAUUCUAAGUUAUAAUAAGUAUACCAAAUUUUUAGGUUUUGUUUAAUAAUAAGAGGGAAAUU